AUGAAAGGAGUUUACAUUCCGGAAACACAGGCAUUUGAUCCAGGAGACUUUUGUAUGACUUCUUUUUACAAAAAGUAUGUUUCUAAGAUUUUGAUACCUCAUGGUUUAAUCAAAGAACGUGUUAAAAAAAUGGCUGAAUCUAUUUUUCUACACUACUCUAAACUCGACGGAGAGUUUAUCAUACUGACCACUAUGAACGGAGCUUUUGCUUUUUUCGCAACUUUGAGUGAAUCUUUGAUCGACUAUUCGACCGCUAAACAGUGCUUACGUCGUCCGCCCUAUUUUGUUGAAUUCUUGAAAUGCUCCUCCUACUUCGGAACUGAGCAAGCAUCAGACGUGAACUUUUCUUCCGACGUCACUCGUGUACUGAACGCGUGCAAAAAGAAACACGUUCUAAUUGUCGAAGACCUUAUUGACUCUGGGCACACCCUUACCAAACUUCGUGAGAAUCUCGAAACUAACAAAACUCUUUCUGUUAAAACGGCAUGCUGUUUUUCAAAACGAACCACCAAGUGGAACGGAUUUACGCCUGACUGGGUAGGCUUCGACGUCGACGAUCACUUCAUCGUAGGUUACGGGUGUGACUUGAACGAAUACUUCCGUGACUUACCCCAUAUUUGCAUUUUCAAAGCCGAUAAGAUAAACGAAUUGCUCGAGGGUAAGCCUCAAGAGUAA